UCCUUUCGGAAGAGAUACUUUUAUUCAGUCUCACUGAUGUUCACGGUUCACUUCUCUUUUACUCCAAUCUAACCCACGCCUCCUCCCUGUUUUAUGCAGUCUAACGUUGCCGCUGACUCUGUAUUUGCCUCCCGCUCCCCACCCCAGCAGCAGCAGCAGAGGCUGAAGGCAGAGCCUGGAAAGCCCAGAUAGCUAGCUGGCAGGGAGUAGGAUUAACUACAGCGAGUAGCUUUAUUUUUGUUUGUAGUCAGAAAGAGAGGGAGUGGAAAAUAAGAGUAGAGAGGUGGGGGCGGAAGAAGACAACGGAGUGAGUGGAAUAGCCAAUGUAGUAAGAAUAACUUUAAUCAAUAUUAUAAUAAUAAUUUAAAAGAAUAGAAAAGCUGGGGGACGCAUGCGCAUGGAUGGCGAGCCGCCGUCCCCGGGUGAGGAGCCCGCCGCUAACCGAUCCGAUCCAAACAAAGAUUUCCAUCUGUCUGCUGGUACUGAUGGUGAAUUUCCCAUGGGAUCAGAACGGAUGGAGAUGCGUAAACGGCAGAUGUCAGUACCCCAGGAGACAGCAGACUGUACUCCAGGCCAACAUGAAGUGGGGAAUAGAGCAUCUAAUGCCUGUUGCUUUUGUUGGUGCUGCUGUUGUAGCUGCUCAUGCCUUACUGUUAGAAACCAAGAAGAUGAAAGAGCAAGGAGGGCUUCCUAUGAACUUAGAACAGAAGGACUUCCAACCUGUGAAGAAAGCCCCACACCUACUCUGGAAGAAGUGAAUGCCUGGGCUCAAUCAUUUGACAAGUUAAUGGUCACUCCAGCGGGAAGAAAUAUUUUCCGGGAGUUCCUCCGAACAGAAUUCAGUGAAGAAAAUAUGCUAUUUUGGAUGGCCUGUGAAGAACUGAAACAGGAGGCUAACAAAAGUGUUAUAGAAGAAAAGGCAAGACUGAUUUAUGAAGAUUAUAUUUCCAUUCUUUCUCCUAAAGAGGUUAGCCUGGAUUCCCGAGUAAGAGAAGUCAUCAAUAGGAACAUGCUAGAGCCAUCACAACAUACAUUUGAUGAUGCACAACUUCAAAUUUAUACCUUAAUGCACAGAGACUCAUAUCCUCGAUUUAUGAACUCUGCUCUUUAUAAGGAUCUACUCCAGUCCUUAUCUGAGAAAUCCAUUGAAGCAUAGGAUUUUCAACUGUAUUUAUUAUUAACAUUAACAAAAGCAACAACAAUAAAUUUGUAAGCCACAUCUAAGGACAAGAGAUUUAGAGAUGAUAGUAUCUUUAUCUGACUUAAUACUCAGGCAUAUUUUAAUAAUGGACAUUGUUUCCUUUGGCAGAGGGCUUUAAAGCCACAAACCAAAAUAUAUUCACCAAUCACCUUUAGUGAUGUUUUGGAGCAAUAUGAAAAAUAUAGAUUGUCCUUUUACAAAGAUAUUUUUAUUCUUAAAAUUAUAGCAGCAUGUUCUCAAAGGUAAAAGCCACCCUUAUAGAAGAUUUCCAUUCUGAUUUAUUUGGUACAAUCACUGAAAAAAAAAAAAAAAAAAGGUCAACAUUUAGACUUUUUGUAUGAUUUAUAAGAAUGGCUAAUUGUCAUUCCAAAAAGAAAAGCUACUCAGUAGAAAUCUGCUAAAUCCAUUUGUGCCACUACCACUGGGCACAAAAUAGAUUGAAAUUCACAUAUUAUAGGCAUCCUUUAGUAGAUAUGUAAAGGAAUUUGCUUCACACAUAUAUGAAUAUACAUAUAUAUGUAUAUACAAUAUAUGUAAGCAGCGUUCCCUUAAUAUAAAACAAUCUCAAAUGUGUGGGCAAUAACAUUGAAACACACUGCUUAAAAAAUUCUUUUACUGAAAGAGUUACUGUUAUUUUAAAAUCAAGGUUUGGAUAAAAAAUGAAUUAAGUUACUGAAGUAUUCAUGUUUACAAAAAUGGUAUCAACUGAGAUUGCUUCCAUUUUUACACUCCAAAAAAUAAAGCACAAGAGUUUUA